AUGGCACAGCUUGGCCAAAGGGCAGGGAGGAGGGAACCACCAUCACGCAAGGUGGCCAUUUCCAAGGCGUUGAGCUACAUCCUGCGACAUGCGGCGGAGCGGGAGGCGUCUUCAGACAAGCAGCGAUUCGGCCUGCUCUACAUUCCUUCCGACUCACGCUCGCAGCCGAACGCGGCGAGCAGCCCGGAUUCCGCACUGCAGGCGGUCGAAGAUAUCGCGUCCAAGGAUGCUGCGACGAGUGAGAAUGCGACGGCCCAGGCCCUCGCGGCGAGCGUUGACGAUACCGAUCCCUACCACUAUCUCAUUCGAGCCAGACAAGGCCACAGUAUAAAAUCAGUCGACGCAUCGUCCCUCCUGCGACAGCUCUCGCCGGCGGAUAGCGACCUCCCGGAAACGGCGGUGCAUGGAACCUAUCACACCGCGUGGCCGGAGAUUUUGGAGUCUGGCGGGCUAAAAUGUAUGGGCAGGAACCAAAUACACUUCGCGACUGGGCCGGCGCUGUCUACGGUUCUCCCAGACGGGCUGGACGGAGCCGUCGUCGACCCUCCAAAACUGAAGGGGCGGGCCGAUGGCCGCGAAGAUGGCGUGAUUUCAGGAAUGAGGUCCAACUCGCAGAUCUUGAUAUACAUUGAUUUGAAAAAGGCGUUGGCUGCAGGAUGUCCGUUUUGGAUGAGUGAGAACGGCGUGAUCCUCAGUGAGGGGAUGGAGGUCGAAGGUGGACAUGGCAGCAAGAUCCUGGGUACGGAAUUCUUUGACGUUGUCGUUGGGCUGAGGCACGGCUUGGGCGUGCUAUGGGCGAACGGAAGUUUGGCCCAGAAAACGCCAGACUGGAUGUUGGCGAGUGCGAAAGAUCCACAUCGACGGGGUGGGAAGAAACGUCAGGGCGCGCAGAUGGCGCGGAAAAGCAAUUUGCCUCGAAUCACCGUUGAGAGAGACAGGCCAGAUUCAGAUCUGCGCUCAGAGGCAGACCAGAUAACAAUGAGGAGGCAUUGA